CAAAGAAAUCGAAAACUUUCAUAUGGCAGUAUCUUAUCAUCAUCAUCAUCAUCAACAAGAUGAACAAGAAAACCGAAAACUUUCAUCAUACCCACUUGACCAAACAUCGUAUAAGCUUCUUCAAGUGAUUGGAACCGGCGUAAGUGCAACAGUCUACAAAGCGGCAUGUCUUCCUAUAAACUCAUCAGUUGUAGCAAUAAAAGCUAUAGAUCUUGAACGUUCUCGAGCAAAUUUCGACGACGUUCGACGUGAAGCUAAAGCUAUGACACUUCUAUCUCAUCCAAACAUACUUAAAGCUCAUUGUUCGUUUACAGUUAAUCAUCAUCUUUGGGUUGUUAUGCCAUUUAUGUCAGCUGGUUCUCUUCACUCUAUUAUCUCAUCUUCUUUUCCUGAUGGACUUAACGAAGCUGCGAUCGCCGUUGUUCUUAAAGAGACGUUAAACGCGCUUCUGUACUUACAUGAUCAAGGUCAUCUACAUAGAGAUAUUAAAGCCGGUAACAUAUUAGUCGAUUCCGAUGGUUCUGUUAAACUCGCAGAUUUUGGUGUUUCUGCUUCAAUUUAUGAACCGAAUUCUUCCUAUGCAUCUCAUUCUUCGUCUUCUUCGAAUUUGAUGUUUAAUGAAGUUGCCGGUACACCUUAUUGGAUGGCACCAGAAGUGAUUCAUUCUCAUGUUGGGUAUAGUUUUAAAGCCGAUAUAUGGUCGUUUGGAAUUACUGCAUUAGAACUUGCUCAUGGUAGACCUCCAUUAUCUCAUCUUCCGCCAUGGAAAUCUUUGUUCAUGAGGAUUACAAACGGGUUACGGUUAUCGGAUUAUAACGAACCCAACAACAUGGUAAAUAACAAUAAGAUUAAGAAGAAGUUUUCGAAGAAUUUCAGAGAUAUGGUUGCUUCUUGUUUAGCUCAAGAUCCAUAUAAGAGACCUACAGCCGAAAAGUUGCUUAAACAUCCUUUCUUCAAGAACUGUACUAAAAGUGUUGAUUUUCUCGUUAAGAAUAUGUUACAAGGUUUACCAACUGUUGAAGAAAGGUACCGAGAAGAAAGUGUGAGGUUUCGUCGCCCGAUACCAUCUGUAGAGAUCAAUGAAGAACCGCGUGUAACCGAUCAACAACACGAACAUACAGAUGAUGAGGAUGAUUCUUCGGUGGUUAAACAUAGAAGGAUUAGUGGGUGGAACUUCAAUGAAAAUGUUUUAGAGUUAUAUCCUGUUUUUCCUACUGAUACUCCUCGAGAACUUUCAUCGUCAACCUCAUCCUCGUCUUCGUCUUCAGAGAUUACAAUCCAAAGUGACGAUGAAAAAGGAGAAAAACAGGUGGAAACAGAGGAAAACAGAAAAAUACAGGAAACAAGUGCUGUAGCUGUUGAGGAUGAAAAUGUUUUGGUGAAACAAUUAUCUAUGAGUGAUCAUGAGUAUUCAACAAAAUCGUCUUCGACUACGAUCACAAUGGUGGAUGUUGCACCAUUAAUACCAAACCUUGAGACUUUAAUGGAUAGUCUUGAUAUUGAAAGAAAAAUGGUUUCUAAUUUAUUGAAUCAGAUAAGAACGAGAUCGUCACCGGAAUCUUUGGAUGCUGUUGUUGGUGAGGACGAAUAUCAAAUGAGACGUGAAGAGAAAUUGCAUGACAUGGUUAGAAAAUUGAGCUUUGAAUUGCAUCAAGAAAAGAAAAAAUGUUUUCAUUUGGAGUUGGAGUUAGAAUCACUAAGGAACCGAGUCACCAACUCGGGUUCAGAAGAAAUAUCCAAAAAUUAAUUGCAUUAGUUGGCUCUUGUUGUUUUCAAAUAUUAGUAUUUGAACUCUCGUACUCUACAGCAAAUAAUUUCAUAUUAUCACUGGUUACCACUGGUUACAUAUUAUCACUAGUUGAUCGUAAUUACAUAUUAUCACUGGUUACCUGUCAAGAUGCAUGCCAUGAACUGAGGUUCUUCAUGUGUCAUGUUUGAAAUGGCACGAAUUGAUGAUUAAGACUUUCAGAAACAAAGGAUUGAUAAACAUGCGGGUUGCCAAUUAUUUGUUGGAAUUAGUAAUCCAAACACAGUUUAAUGUUCAAAAGUGUUUGAGUUAUUCUUUAAUUGAUUUGUUGUGUACAAGACGUGUGAUAUGACCUAGUAUUAUGUGUUUGUUAGAAAUAAGGGAUUAAGUCCUAGUAAUUAGGAAUUUAUGUUAGUGAAUUAAUGGUUAAAAGUUAGGGAGUUUUAAUAUGUAUUUGUGGAUUUAGACGUGGGAUAAUUGUGCCUACAAAAUGGGAGUAAUGGUUAGUGGUUAAAAGUCCAACGUUCAUGUAAUGCCUAUUUAAGUCUGUUUUUGAUUAAUGAAAAGUGUAUCAGAGUUGGUAAA